AUGACCGAAACAACAGGUCGUUGCAGGACAAAGAGGUAUCGAGUUCCCGGGAUUCCACUAUCCCAGGCUGUUCGAGUAGCAACACUGUUGAAAAAUGGCCAGCUCAGGGAAUUCUUAAGCAACCGGGCUAAGAACAGUUAUGGCCGCAGCCGAAAUAAUACAGAGCCCUCGAAGAUAGGGGAAGACCCUCCUCGGCUAACUAUCAACAUGAUUUUCGGGGGGAAUGAGAUUUACGGUGUAACCUUCUCGGCACCGAAAAUGACAAAGGUGUCGGUGACUCAUAGCAAGAGACUCCGGGAAGACGCCGAAGACGACAUCACCUUCAUAGAAGAAGACGCCGAUGGACUCCUUUUGCCAUGCAACGAUGCCCUGGUAAUUUCUCUUAACGUUCUAGAUUUCAAUAUUAAGUGUGUUUUGGUAGACUCAGGAAGUUUAGUCAACGUCAUUCAAUGGAGAGUGCUGGAACAAGCCAAGCUAACCGGAAGCAUCAUUCCGACAACAAAACUCCUCGCCGGAUUCAACUUAGCAAGUGUGACGAUCCGGGGGGAGAUCUUGUUGCCCACGAACAUCGAAGGGGUCAUGAAGACUACCUUAGUUGCAGUGGUGGACAACGAAAUGGGCUAUAACAUAAUUCUCGGUAGACCAUGA